AUGAGUUCCAUUUCCAAGAAUUCGUUGAAGAGCUCCCUGCUGCAGCUAGAAUGUCAUUUUACAUGGACUCUGCUGAAGCAGGAUGUGGAUCUCGAAGAACGAGAGGAAACAAUAGGCGAUCAGAUCGACUUUUUAGUAAAAUCCAACAUCACAAAUUAUAAUCUACUAUCCUAUAUAUGCUACUUAAAGAAUUCAAAUGAGGAAGCCCUUCUAAAUCUCCAAAAAGCUGAAGAAGAAGCUAAAAAAUACCAUCCAGAUGAAAUUGCGAGGAGAAGCCUUGUUACCUGGGGGAACUAUGCCUGGAUCUAUUACCACAUGGAGAAAUACAAAGAAGCUCAAACUUACGUAAGUGAAGUGGAAAACUGCUGCAAAAACCUUUCCAGCACUGCUCAAUUUAAGAUUCAGCUUCCAGAGAUCUAUGCUGAGCAAGGAUGGGCGUUAUUAAAAUUUGGGAGAAAAUACUACGACAGAGCAAAGGAUUGCUUUGAAAAUGCACUGAAGAAUGAACCCAAUAACCCAGAAUUUAAUGCCGGCUAUGCAAUAACGAUGCAUCGUUUGGAAGGGUUUUCUCUCAGACAGUAUGAAGAUGCAUGCCCAUCUCUUGAGCCCCUGAAGCGUGCAGUGGAACUGAAUCCAAUGGAUACUUACAUGGUGGGCUUACUUGCAUUAAAACUUCAGGCGUCAAACCAAGCUGACGAAGGGGAGAGAUACAUUGAAGAAGCAAUGCGUAAAACCCCUGAUACGCCUUUUUUUCUGCGAUACGCUGCUAAAUUUUACAGAAAGAAAGGAGAAUUGGACAAGGCACUGGAGAUUUUGAAAAGGGCCCUAGCAUUGACACCAAAAUCUGCCUUUUUGCAUCACCAGCUAGGACUCUGCUACAAAGCAAAGCUUAUUGAGUUGAAAAAGACAAGAUAUCCACCUCAAGAGGAAGUGGAUGAACUCAUCCAACUUGCUAUUUUUCACCUCAAAACAGUGACUGAGCAAAAGUCAAAGUUUUUUUCCGCCCAUAAUGACCUAGCAGAUAUGUAUGCAGAAGCAAAGAUGUAUGAAGAAGCAGAAGAGACAUUUCAGAAAGCGUUUCAGAUAAAUACUCUAUUCUAUGAUGAUAAACAAGAAUUCUACCACCGUUAUGGCAAUUUUCAGCGUUUUCAUAUGAAAUCAUACUCUGAAGCCAUUAGGUAUUAUCUGGAAGGGCUGAAAAUUGAAAAGAAUUCUUAUGGAAAAAAUAGGUGCAGAAAGGCUCUGAAGCAAAUGUUGGAACAGAGAAUUAAGAGAGGUUUAGGAAAUGCAGCAGAUUUUGGUACACUUGGACUUGUUCAUAAUCUAAAUGGUGAGAAACAUGAAGCAAUUAAGUGCUAUGAGAAAGCCGUUGCAUUGAAUCCUGACAAUGAAGAAUAUCUGAGUGAAUUAUGUCAGCUGCGACUUUCCAUCUCAAGCUAA